UCUGACACUCGCCCACGAUCGUUCAUCGCCCUUCACGCCCCUCCCCCGCCCACCCCGCGAAGCCGCUUCGCACCACCGACCACAACGUCAAAGUCAUGGAUCAAGAUCCAAACCCGCACGUCGUCCAGGACACGGACAUGUCCAUGUGGGAUGACCCUUCCUUCUCCAACCUCUACGAUAAUCUGGGAACCGCUGCCGAGUCGCCUUUCGAUGGCGCUCGACUCUUCGACAUGUCCGCCGCGACCGUGCAAGCCGACAGUCCCAGCUACCACAUCAAGACAGACGACCCUCAGCACGCACACUCCCACCAACCCUACAAUUCGCGAUCGCUAGUUUCGUCGCGCUCGGCUGAAAGCUCAUCGCAAGACUCGUCUUCCGAGACGAGUGGUAGAAAGCGCAAGAACACUUCGGCCACUUCCGAGUCUCCGCCCGGAAACUUCGAGGCCAUCAAACGGGAACAGCAGCAGCAGUCUAUGAUGCACUCGCACGCCGGCAGCACUACCAACAUGGCCUCGCUGCAUUCGCUACACAACCUCUCUCUGGAGCAGGACUUUGCCAAUCAUUUUGGCAGCGCCGCCAGUAGUCCUGGGGGCCAGCCCAUGGACUUGGUCGACCGCACAUAUUCCCAUCACAUGCACAUCAAGCCCGAAGCACCGGCUGGAACCGUCGAGCCGUCAAACUUCUUCUUUGGCUCGAGUACCGCAUCGCCGGCUUCGGUCAAGGCUUCACAGGCGCAAGAAGCCUCACCUGGUGCCAUGUUCAACAACCCAACCCCCUCAUCCGACGGCACCGACAUGUUCAACGCCAACCAGAUGUGGAACAAUUCGGCGCAGAACCCCGCAUGGAAUAACGACUACGCGCAUGCCUUCGCCUCGCCUGGCGCUCUCGCAAUGACACCUUCGCCGGUACUUAACGCCCCGAAGCCAGAGCUUCCAAAGGCCCCUACAGCGCAAGGUGAUCGCAUCCCUUUGCACAUUGCCCCGAUUCCAGCGAAAUCUCGAGUCGAAACGCAGAUCAACAUCCGCCUCACGAUGGACUAUCUGCCGCCACGUGUGAAGAUGCUGCACUUGCCUACCCACACGAUCGCCAAAGCAAAAUUGUUGGCCAAGGAAGUCCACCUGGCAGAGGACACACUCGAGUUACACACUAUGCUCGUAUGUACCAGCGCCAUGAAUACGCCACACCUACGCGAAAAGGCCAUGAAUCAAGCAGCCCAGCAGGACAACGCCCAGAUUCAAGUAAGAGGUCAGAAUGCGGGCAAAAAGGGAGGCGAGGAAGAUGUGGACGAACACGACAAGCCAGCCAAUGGCGGAGAAGUGCGCAUAUGCAGUAACUGCAUCAAUCGUGAGCGUAAAAGAGCCGCACGCAAGAAGCUGAAGAAAGAGGAAGAACAAGCACACUGGGAGAAGUAUGAAACGGAGCGAGUCAUUGUCUUCAACACAAACGAAUACAAGCCGUGGCAGGACUGGCAGCAGUCCCCAGCUCCCAAGGACAACAGCGUCACAGUAACCGACUACUUCCGUCCGCCAGAGACAGCAAUGCAGGUAGUGGCUCCCAUGCGUAUUGCCUGCUAUUGCCGCCACCAGAACGAGAAGGAUGGUUUCCAGGUCAUCUUCACCAUCAAGGACUAUCAGGGCAACGUCGUGGCCCAAGACAUAUCCGAUUCUAUCCUCAUCACCGAUGAUCACAAGACUCAUCCAAUGUCGAGCGUACCUGGCCAGGUUUGGUACGACAACCAAUUCCCAGCCCAGGCACCCUUCACCUCACACUCAAUGGUUGAUCUACACUCUCACAUGCCCGCCAUGUCGGUUUCCAAGUCGACGGGCAAUUUGCAAAGCCUCGGCUAUGGAAGCCAACAGUUCAACCAACCGCACAAUAUGCAUAUGCAAAACUUCCCACAAUCAGGAGCUACCACUCCCGGAACUAUGACUCCACGCAAUCUUUCACGUCCCGGAUCUCCGAACAGUGCGGGCCAAGCGGGCCCCAGCAAGAAACGCAAAUCGUCAUCCGCCCAUCGAAGGAUACCUAGCACUCUGACCAUGACCAAGAUGGAGUCGAAUCAGCAAAUGGCUCAACCCACAGCUCAAGCUCCCUUCUCACCCACCAAUGCUGGAUUCAUGGGAGGCAACAAUGAUCCAUCAUACAUUACGAUGCCUCACUCAGCAUCACGUUCUCACUUUCACACAGGACCUUCGACGCCGAUCGAAACGACCACCUUCCCCUUUGCUGCGUUGAACAGAACAAACAGUAUGGACGGUAACGCGUAUCAGGCUUUCUAUUCUGCCCCGAGCUCUGCUCAUCAAAGUCGUGCACCAAGUCCGGUGCUUGUUGGCCCAAACUUGGCUGCCUUCCAACGGCAACAAGCGCACGGCGGAGCUAAUGCGAUGCCGAAUCGUCAGAAUCCUUUCGCCAUGUCGAAUCCUACUAUGCCUAACUCGAUGACCGAGCCAGAUAGACCGCAGCCUAUCAUCAAUAAGGUGACACCGUCCGAGGGUCCGCCAAGCGGUGGCACUGAGGUUUCUGUCUACGGCAGUGGGUUUGCUCCUGGAAUGGAAGUCAUGUUUGGUGACCAGGUUGCGACUGCUACGACUUACUGGGGCGAAAAGGCGCUUUGCUGCGUGCUUCCUCCAGGUCAGAAUGGCAUUGUACCUGUAGCGAUCGCACCCUCGCCCAUGCGACAAUACUCGGCGCCUCCGCCAGGCCAGACUCAAGUCUUCAACUACGUGGGAAAGACGUCAGAGAUGCAGAUGAUGGAGAUGGCUUUGCGUUUCUACAGCCAAAAGGAAACAGGUCGUGCCGAUCAGUGGCAAGCACUGGCACAAGGAGCUGCCAGUGCUUGGAUGUCUCAAGGCUCAGCUGCGGCAUCACGUCUCCAGACAGGCCAGGGAGCGCCUUUCGACGGCCCCAUGGCAGAUAUGCGAUAUGCGUGAGCUCAUCUUGGGUAUCGACCAUCACACCAGGCAAUGUUCCUAGCAAACCAUCUCGACAUUACGAUCGAUCGACACAAGGAUGCGGACUCGUACAUAUGGGACACGCUCCUUCCGCGUCGUAGCCUCGACUCACACGUGAGCAUGGCAUCUCUACUCGAUCAUCACUUUCCCGUUUUCACGACGGAGUUAUUGGUAACGGUGACGAAUGAACCAUCUAUAUCAUGAACAAACUGGAUGGAACACGGAGAACAUUGGGAAUAUGAGUCUUGUUCUCCAAG